UAAAACAUCUGUUAUGUUUUCUGUUCAAAAUAAAACACACUGUUAGUCAUUUAUUAUUAGGCAACGCCAGAUGUGCUUUAGUGUACAAUGUUUUAUCAACAAACCGAAACUCCGUUGCAAAGCUUCGUUUGGCCAACACCCUUGUAGGCUUCAACAUGCAGGCGUCAUUUCCUACGUCUGCCCAACAUGGCCGCCUGAUGUUUAGAGGAAAAAAGUAUUUAAUGAUUUCAGGGUAAGACGGCUUUGCUGUAUUGCUGCUGUAAGUGUUGAUUCGACAUGGGGAAAUAAGCGGGUAUUUGCUGUCGGGAUUUGGGGGAAGGGUGUUCUUGUUGUUGGUCUGACUUGCUUCCCAUCAGUAAAGAUGGAGAUAACGGCUCAAAGGAGCGCACAUGCUCAGUGGGUGCUAUCCCGACUCAACCAACAGAGGGAGCUCGGCAAGUUCUGCGAUGUCAUGCUCAGCACCCAGAACGGUCAGGUGUUCCUGGCCCAUCGCAAUGUCCUCGCCUGCUUCAGCCAACUAUUCCAAGACCCCGUUUCUACCAACACACCUAGCAUGGAGGUCAAUCUUCCUCAGGAGUGCACUGAAGAUGGCCUUGAGCUGCUUUUAACUUUCUUCUACACCGGUGAACUGCAGCUGAACAGUGGUAAUGAGGCAAAGGUUCGAGGUGCAGCCAAUGGACUGUCUGUCCCUAAUUCACUUAUACCUGGCCAGGGUCCGCCAGGGACUAAGGCUCCCGAGGGUUUGGACUGUGCUGGGGAUGCUGAAGGCAAGCCACCUUUGUCCUCAUCUGUGGUGAUGGACACCAAACUUGACCUGACUGUCCAAGAACAAUCAAAACCUCGACAGAGAGUGAAAAACAAAGCGGAAACUGUAGGGAAGGCAGCGCCAGCAGUACCAGCGGUUGCAGAACUUGACGAUUCCUCCAGUGCCAUUUCAUCCACCACUACUCGAUCUGGCAGGAGAGUAAAAGGCCCGAGCAGGCUGGUUGGAGAAAGUUCAGUGACUGGUGUUCAAAAGUCAUGUACACCUAAGAGAAGAUCACCAGCUACUGAGGACAAGGCUGAGGGCACUGUCACCACUGAAGGAGAUCAGAGUAAUACUCAAGUGUCAAGCCAGGCAGAGGAUGUUCCUGCUGACAGUCAGAAUGAUGCCGCUGUUGAAGAUGUCGACGAGGAUGCUGUGGGUCUCAGUGUUUUUCCAGAGGGCACUGAUGAAGAGUGUGCUCCUCAUGAUUCACCUGUCACACCUUCGAAGAGCCCCAGAGAGAAGCGCAAACGAAAAGACAAAGCCAAAAAUAAAGAAAACGGAGAGGCCUCACAGAAGGACGUGAAGAAGGGCUCUGUGCAGUGUCCCACAUGCCACAAAACAUUCCUCAGCAAGUACUACCUAAAAGUGCACAACAGACGGCACACAGGGGAGAAGCCCUUCGAGUGUGCGAAGUGCGGGAAAUGCUACUACAGGAAGGAGAAUUUACAGGAGCAUGAGGCCAGGAACUGCCUCAGCAGAGCUGAGGUGGUCUUUUCUUGUUCCAGAUGCUCCAUGACCUUUAAGAAAAGACAAGAGCUGCGUCUCCACAUGGUCACGCACACAGGAGAAAUGCCAAAUAAGUGCACUUCAUGCUCUGAACAGUUCAUGCAGAAGAAAGAUCUUCGGAUCCACAUGAUUAAAAUCCAUGGAGCCCCCAAACCACAUGCGUGCUCACUGUGCCCCAAGUGUUUCCUGUCACGCACAGAACUGCGCCUCCAUGAGGCAGCUAAGCACCGGGGAGAGAAGCUGUUUGUGUGUGAGGAGUGUGGUCACAGGGCGUCCAGCCGCAACGGCCUACAGAUGCACAUCAAAGCCAUUCACAGGAAUGAGCGUCCUUUCGUGUGCGAGUUCUGCAACCAUGCCUUUACCCAGAAAGCCAACCUUAACAUGCACCUCCGCACACACACGGGCGAGAAACCAUUCCAGUGUCACCUUUGUGGCAAGACCUUUCGCACUCAAGCGAGCUUGGACAAGCAUCACCGUACACACACUGGCGAGCGGCCAUACAGCUGCGAGUUCUGUGAGCAGAGGUUCACCGAGAAAGGCCCACUGCUGCGCCACAUAGCCAGCAAACACCAGGAAGGCCGGCCACACUUCUGCCACAUCUGCAACAAGUCCUUCAAAGCCAUCGAGCAGCUUCGCGUUCAUGUGCGGAGACACAAAGGCAUGAGGAAGUUUGAAUGCACCGAGUGUGGCUACAAGUUCACUAGACAGGCUCACUUGCAGCGGCACUUGCAGAUUCACAACCGCGUGGAGAACUACAACCCCCGCCAGAGGCGACUGCGCAACCUGGUGGUGGAGGAUGAGAAUGCAGCUACUGCAUCCACUCCACCGAGCCAGACAGAGGUCACACCAGAAGAGGGGGACAUAAUCAGAGUAGAGGUCAAGUCAGAGGUCCAGGGGCCAGAGCUGGGGGCAUGCACCCAGGCCAUGGAGCCUGGGGGAAACCAGGCUACGAUCACAGAGACAGAGGCUGCAGCAGGCAGUGGAGAGCAGCCAACGUUCAGCGAGAUGAAGCACGCAGAGGCUGCGGAUGAGCAGGAUGGCUUUGCCGUGGAUGGUGUGAUUGAGCACACAGUGCUGGUAACGGACACGUUUCCCAUCCAAGCGGAUCUGGUGGUGGAGUUACAAGGCUCUGGGGCUCAUGGGAAGUCCUGAGGGAGAGAAGAGUGACCUACAGAGUGAGGAUAGCUGUGUAAAUGCCUUAAUCCUUUGAAACACCCAAAAGAACGUCAGUAAUUGACUAGGAUGCACACAAAAAACAUUUGCAUACUGCAGCCUGCAAUGACAGUCAUGAUGCCAGGAUAAGGAUUAAAGAGGAAUUCUAUUCAUUUUUCAAAAUUUCUGUGUAAUUAAAUGGUUGAGAUGUGAACAUGGAAUGUUGGAUAGUAGUGAACUAUACCUACUGAUUUUACAGUGGUGGUGAUGGGAAUUGGGGGUUGUGGCAUCUGGCAUUGCACAUCUGGCCACUGUAUUUACUAUCCGAAAAACUCUGCCAUGAAUGUAUUAAAAAAAGAAGGGAAACAAGAAGAAAUACAGAUUUUAGGCCCAAAGCUGAUCUCAAAACUGUCAUAAAACUGUGUUUCAGGCAUCAGACAGCUUAUUCCUAACCAUUUCAUGGAGUCACUUUUUGUGAGGGAGCUUUUUAGACGCAUUGAAUACCUUGAAUGUCUGGUUCCUAUCACCACUGCUGUGAACAAUUCUGACUUUGCAAGUUUCUCUAGGAGAGAACAUUUCACACCCAACCACACUGAAAGACUAUGUUUACACCUUAACCAUUGCAUUAUGCUUAAAUUUGGGAAAAAAAAAAAAACGAUUGAAGACCCCUUUAAGUCCACAUCAGCUCCAUCUAAGCCUUUUCUCGCAGAGGUUUUCUAAACUGAAUGGAAUUUUUCUGAGUUUCAAACUUUAGGUUGAAGCUGAACUUGGCAGUAAAGUAGAUGUCCAAAAGGAGGUCUGGUGACCACUGCUUUGAGCUGAUUAGAAAGCAGUUUUGUUCCUGCUCAUUUUUCAACCUCACUUAAUGGCCUAGAAUUAAACAGGCUGUUUCAGCCUACAGAAUUACAGAAUGCAUGUGGUGGGCACAAAUGAGUAAUCUGCUCUGCAGCCCUUUUAUUUCUUAUCACAUUAAAAAGCCAUGAGGAGACUUCAGGAGAGGAGUGCAGACUACUGCCAUGUGAUGGGAAAUGAUCACUAAUGAAAGAUGAAAGAGCUGUGAUGGGAAAUGAUCACUAAUGAAAGAUGAAAGAGCUGUGAUGGGAAAUGAUCACUAAUGAACUGAAUGCUGUGCUGAUUUUAAUGUCGAUCAUUUCUCCAAAAUGGUUUUGGUAUCGAAAACUGUGAUUCCAGUUAUAUAGUCCAGAAGUUUACAAAUUGCAUAAUCUUCCUUUAUAAAAUUCUGAAUUUGCCAUGUUGA